AUGGAGAACAACACAACCAUCUUUCAGGAUGUCACUCGGGUUGUAAAUCUGACAGAAAUGCCUCUGAACCCUCUUGAAGAGCAGGUCAUAACAAUAUUUUUGACAAUUCUCAUCUGUGUUGUUGGGAUUGCUGGGAAUAUCAUGGUGGUGCUGGUUGUGCUGCGCACUAAACACAUGGUCACCCCGACUAACUGUUACCUUGUCAGUCUGGCUGUUGCAGACCUCAUUGUGCUCUUGGCUGCAGGGCUGCCUAACAUCUCUGAUGUUGUUGCCUACUGGAUAUACGGAUACACAGGGUGCUUGUGUAUAACCUACCUUCAGUACCUGGGCAUCAACGUGUCGUCCUGCUCCAUCACAGCCUUCACCAUCGAACGAUACAUUGCUAUUUGUCACUCCAUAAAGGCACAAUUCAUAUGCACCGUUUCCCGGGCCAAGAGGAUCAUAGCUGGAGUCUGGGUCUUUACCUCACUCUAUUGCAUUAUGUGGUUCUUUUUAGUGGACACUGAUGUAACCGUCUAUACCAACGGAGUGGUGGUCACCUGUGGCUACCGUGUCUCCAGGAGCCUCUACAUGCCAAUCUAUUUCCUGGAUUUCACUUUGUUUUAUGUGAUCCCCCUUACUGUGGCCACUGUGCUGUAUGGGCUCAUUGCGAGGAUUUUGUUCAUGAGCCCUUUGCCAUCGCAUCUGAGUGAUGGAGCCGGAGGAGGGUCAGUUCACCAGGGUCACUCUAACAGCACUAACAAGACUAACAAGGGUGCAUUCUCUGCAAGGAAACAGAUAACAAAGAUGCUGGCUGUGGUGGUCAUCCUCUUUGCUUUGUUGUGGAUGCCUUACCGAACACUGGUGGUGGUCAACUCCUUCAUCGACCCACCAUACCACAACACCUGGUUCCUGCUCUUCUGCCGGAUGUGCAUCUACACCAACAGUGCCAUCAACCCCAUAAUUUACAACCUCAUGUCUCAGAAGUUUCGUGUCGCAUUCAAAAAGCUAUGCAAGUGCAACUUGCGGAAGAAGGAGAAGGUGGCAGAGUACAACGUGCCGAUGUAUUACAGUGUGAUGAAGGAUUCGUCCCAUGAGAGCAAUGAGCUGGUCACAGAGCAGGAGGAAAUGAGUGCCCAAACCACCAAGAGGUUCAAUGAAACAGAUGAUGCAAGCACUUCAAGCAUUUCUUAA